ACCACGCACCGACCUACAGCGCUUGCGUCCUCUGAAAUUGGCUCCGCCCUGUCCCUCCGCCAGAGUUUCCAGUUCCGGCCUCCAAGGGGCGGGCAGAAGCAGCAAACAUGCGGCUGUCGGUCGCCUCCGCCAUCUCCCAUGGUCGCGUAUUUCGCCAUCUGGGCCUUGGUCCCGAGUCCCGCAUCCACCUGUUGCGGAACUUGCUGACGGGACUGGUGCGGCACGAACGCAUCGAGGCGUCAUGGGCGCGUGUGGACGAGAUGAGGGGCUACGCUGAGAAGCUCAUCGACUUUGGGAAGCUGGGAGACACCAACGAACGAGCCAUGCGCAUGGCUGACUUCUGGCUCACGGAGAAGGACUUGAUCCCAAAGCUGUUUCAAGUACUGGCCCCUCGGUACCAAGGUCAGAAUGGGGGCUACACAAGAAUGCUACAGAUCCCAAAUCGGAGUGAGCAAGAUCGAGCCAAGAUGGCAGUGAUCGAGUAUAAAGGGAACUGCCUCCCACCCCUUCCUCUGCCUCACAGAGAUAGCAACCUUACACUCCUAAAUCAGCUGCUGCAGGGUCUGCGGCAGGACCUCGCCCAGAACCAGGAAGCCAGAGUCCACAGCUCCCACACAGCUCAAACACCAGGGACUUAACUGGAUCUGAAGGAUCUACAGCCUGUAUCGGUGCCUAAGAUCACAGAUCUUUGGAGCUCUUUUAAUCUCUGAUAAGAACUGGAGCUAAGAGUUGUAAAAUGGACAAUCUUAAUGGGGCCGAGAACCUUCUGGGGAGCCAGGUGGCCCUGUUUGCACAAUAGAUAAAAUUCCUUAUAUGAGUGUAUAUAAAUUGGAUUUUUUUUAAUCCUUCCCCUGUAAUUGCUGGAGAAUGAGAACGAUCCAAAUGCUCAGUCUGCCUGCGAUAGUAAAUUUAUGGCUUAAUGUUUCCAGUCCUUA